UCUCAGAAUCCAUUUUCCCUCUCAUCGUCAAAGAUGAUCUGACACAGCGCAAGCAGUGGCACUGUAGCCAGCCCCGUUUGUUUUUUUGUCAGAAACCCAAAACGAAACAAAACCACAAAAUAAAACAACAAAUCCUUGUGCUCAUUUCUUUCUCAAAUUUUUUAAUUUUAUUCCAAAUUUUCAAGUAUAUAUAUAUAUGGGUAGCGAGAGCAGUAGCGUUACAUACAAUGGUUCGAAUUUUCACUCAUCUUCAAUGGUGUUUCCGGACAUGAGGGCUCUCUCCAUCGCCGCCGGCUUCAGCUGCUCCGACGACAAGGGCUCCGACUCCGGCGGCGAUCACCUGAUCGACCUCAACGCCGCGUUGGAAUCCGACAAUCAGGAUUGCUCCGACAUGCAUGGAUCCAGCACCGGCGGCGGGGGCGGCGGGGGCAGGGAUUCUUCCGGCAACGGCAAGAUUUGCGCGAGAGGGCAUUGGCGCCCCGCCGAGGACUCGAAGCUCAAGGAGCUCGUCGCCGUCUACGGCCCACAGAAUUGGAAUCUCAUUGCCGAUAAAUUGGAGGGAAGAUCAGGGAAAAGCUGCCGGCUGCGGUGGUUCAACCAGCUGGACCCGAGGAUAAACCGGCGGGCGUUCACGGAGGAGGAGGAGGAGAGGCUGAUGGCGGCGCACAGAUUAUACGGCAACAAAUGGGCGAUGAUUGCGCGGCUGUUUCCGGGGAGGACCGACAACGCGGUGAAGAAUCAUUGGCACGUCGUGAUGGCGAGGAAAUAUAGGGAGCAAUCCACCGCUCACCGCCGCCGCAAGAUGGGCCAAUUCGUCUUCAGAAGGGCCGACGCCGCCGACGCCGGUUACUGGGCGCCUCAAACAUCUCUUGCUUUCUUUCAAGGCGGUGACGUGAGGCAGAGCACGGGCCAAUGGGAGGAGUCGAAUUUGUACUACCCAACGGUGGUGAGCGGAUUCCAAAUGUCGCACUAUCAUUUCCCAGUGUCACAGGCGGCGGCGGCGGCGGAAUCGGGUUCGGCGUCGGCGACAGAGGCGCCGUUUAUAGACUUUCUUGGUGUUGGAGCUUUGUGAGACCGUCGUAGAAUUUGUUGUUACAGUUAGAUAUGGUGACUUGCUUUUUGGUUGCAACAUCGUUUUCCUCAGAUGGGAACUAACUGCUUCAAAAUGCCUAUGCCUUCUAUAUUGUCUUGUCA